UGCUGUUUCCCAUGGACUGUCCCGCUGCCUGCUGUGGCUGUGGCUCUGCUGCCUGUGGCUGCCGCUGGGGCUGAGCAGCAGCAUGCUGUACUUCCAGCUGGUGAUCAUGGCCGGGACGGUGAUGCUGGCGUACUACUUCGAGUACACGGACACCUUCAGCGUCCACUUGCAGGGCUUCUUCUGCUUCGAGAGCGCCUACCGCAAGCCCUACCCGGGGCCCGAGGAGGACAGCGCCCUGCCGCCCGCCCUGCUCUACGCCGCCGCCGCCGCCCUCCCCGCCCUCCUGAUAAUUGUUGGAGAAACAGCAGUGUUUUGCUUACAGAUGGCCACACGGGAUUUUGAAAACCAAGAAAAAACAAUAUUAACCGGAGACUGUUGCUAUAUAAACCCACUGGUGCGCAGGACUGUCAGAUUCCUUGGCAUUUACGCAUUUGGACUUUUUGCAACGGAUAUCUUUGUAAAUGCUGGACAAGUUGUAACUGGCAAUCUUGCACCAUAUUUCCUUGCACUUUGCAAACCCAACUACACUGCUCUUGGGUGUCAGCAGUUUACUCAGUUCAUCACUGGCGCAGAGGCCUGCUCUGGAAACCCAGAUCUCAUCAUGAAAGCCAGAAAAACAUUUCCAUCCAAAGAGGCAGCACUGAGUGUAUAUGCAGCAACAUAUCUGGCUAUGUAUAUCACCAACACAAUAAAAUCCAGAGGAACACGGCUGGCAAAACCAGUCCUUUGCUUAAGCUUAAUGUGUAUGGCGUUCCUUACUGGUAUCAACAGAGUAGCAGAAUAUCGAAAUCAUUGGUCGGAUGUGAUAGCAGGAUUUCUAGUUGGCAUUUCUAUAGCAGUCUUUUUGGUUGUGUGUGUGGUAAAUAAUUUUAAAGGUAGACAACCAGAAAUUGAACAUUCACACAUGGACAAUCUGGCUCAAAUGCCUAUGAUCAGCAUUCCUCGGGUAGAAAGCCCUUUAGAAAAGAACCACAUCACGGCCUUUGCAGAAGUCACAUGAUAUCGAAACUGAUGUCUAUUCGCUCCAUUGGACGUCAUCUCUUUUCACAGUUCACUCAUAAUAACUGAAAUGUUUUGAAUAUAAAAUGAAGAAAAACUUCAUCUGGUUGGGUGACCAGAUUUAGCAGCAUUAAAAUUUACAGCAGCCUAUGAAGAAUAUGCCUGAAAUAUCAAAGAACAUUUUCCAGCGAAAAGCAUUGCACCAUUUAGGGAUCGAGGGUGGGGGGAGUUAUUGGGAAAGAGUGUACCUGAGCACGUCACAUAAAAUACCAUUUCCCUUGUUUGGGGGAUAUGCAUUGUUUUAUUUCUUUUUUUAACUUAGCCAGGUAAGAAUCUGGCAGUAUACCAUUAAAUCUAAUUAGGCUGAACUUUAUAGGUUUUUUAAAAAUUCAGCAUGACACUCAUUCCCAUUCAAACAGAUUUCAGUGUACACACGUGUUUUUUUUUAAUGACACCCAGUACUAAGAUGCUGUUUGCACUCCAUAUUAAUGAUGUGUUUCACAUACCACAUUUAUAUCUUAAGACUGGUGCUUCUGCUUUUGAAGAACAAAAAAAAAAUGCCAAUUUAUACUAUAAUGAGUAUUGUAUCAUAGUUUUAAAUCAAAUUAUUUAUUUGGAUAUUUUCCUGACUUCAUGUGGUUAAAUAGUUGAUUUUGUAGUUUUUCAAUGUCUUCAAUGUACCCUGUAAUUAGGAUUAGAAAUGAGAACACUUAGGCAUUGGGAUAUCCUAUUAUUUUAACGAUGAAUGCUCUCUUAUUGAAGGUUAAUGGCUCUAUUCUUAGGCCUGGCAUAUUCAUAUAGGGUGGGUUUUUCUUCUUCUUCUACUUCAUGACAUAUAAGUACAGUGAUUGCUGGCCAUUGAUAGUAUUUGAAGUUUAAUGUGGCCUAGCCAAAGACCCAUUUCCAAAAGUGAUCCCAAGGCCUUGGAUUCUCAUUUACAGGAAGAAGUGCUCAAAAUGUGCCAGGCUCCCAGGCCCUCUUUCUCUCUCCCUCUUUUGUUGUACAUUGUCCCCAUCUUUUAUGUUGAAGGAGCUAUCAGUAUGAAUCUUUCUUCAACACUAAAGUUCUUCUGGCAGAUGAAUGGCCAUCAUAGUUCUUCAGUAAUGUAAAUAGGGCUGGCCACUAAACUGUUGUUUUUGUUAUGGGGUGUGUUGGGAAGGUUGAUAGUAUUUCCCUUCAUCAGCAGGAAGACUAGAAGUGUCCUGCUCUGUUUGGUGUGCUUCACGUAGGAUGCCAAGUUGCUCUGCAGCAACUAGAGUUAGGCAUAGGAUCAGGAAUAAGCCACUGAGAACAUAACAGUGAUGGACUUUAAUAUCAUGCUAGUUUAACAUGACUUUAUCUCUCUUCACCCCCACCCUGAUCUAGAGUUUCCCAGUCCUCCAAAACAGGUUUUGAGAGUGUGGAGAUGUGGCUUUAGGAGAGGAAGGUGGUAUAUGAUUUGUAAAGUGUGUUCGCUAGACAAACUAUGAUGUUGGCUCUAAAUUACAGUGUGAGGAUCAUUGCUUCAGAUAAGUGAAACUAUUCUUGAAAAUGGAACUUUGGUUCCCAAAGAAGGGUCAUAUAGCAUUAACUUUCACAUGUGACAACAGGCAAAAUAUAACCCAGGUCUCCACAAUUUAAUUCCUUCAAUAUGAGGUGCUACAGAGGGUGGUGAUCAUGAUGGUGUGUGUUACUUUUAAAAGACUCAUGAGAAGUGGUCUUUACAAUGCUAAGAGAUUUAACCAAAGUAUUGUCAUCCUUCCAGUUAUAUAUUAUAUAUCUCAGGAAUUAUUUUGAAUAUGCCAGGAAGGUGUGUGAGGAAAAUAAGAAGGUAAACAAAAUAAGGUAAGAAGGCCUAAUGGCCCAUUUUGUACAUUUUCCCUUUUAUUUUAAUGACAAAGCAGGGCAAAAUUGAUGGCUUUUUUACACUGAGUGACUAGAACAAACACAUAGCUCAAUAGUCUGUGACCUGAUUAGCUUUGAUGGAGGUACAUAUUUUCACAUGAUAACUGGAAUUCUGUUGUGGACCUACUGUAUAUACUCGUCUAUACGCCUAAAGAUUUAUACCCAAAAAUUGACCCCAAAAUCCCAUGUU